AGACGUCUAUUUUUGCGGAAACUCUUUGAAUUCCAAUAAAUUAACCAAUAAAAGCCCACGAUGGUGAAAUUGAAGAUGAAGAUGAUGAUUAUGGCCAUCAUCAACAGAAGAAAUUCUCAAAUUCUUUCUUUUUCCUCAUUUUCUGGCCUAUCAAUCGCACAGUUUUACUCUUAUCGCUUGUUUUUGGUACUUGUUUUGAUGAUCUUUAGUUGCGUCUCUGCUUCUUCUUCAAGUGCUGGUGGAGUAAUUCGCGUGAGUUACAAAUUCUCAGGCACCGAUCGUUCACUCAGUGCCCUCAAAGCUCACGACACCCUUCGUCACUUCGGAGUUUUCGCUGGUGUCGACCUCCCUCUCGGCGGAACCGGCCGUCCUGAUUCAGUCGGGCUUUACUAUGCUAAGAUUGGGAUAGGAACACCUUCAAAGGACUAUUAUGUGCAAGUAGAUACAGGAAGUGACAUAAUGUGGGUUAAUUGCAUUCAGUGCAAGGAAUGCCCUAGAAGGGGUUAUCAUGGUCUGGAACUUACACUGUACGAUCCGGGGGAUUCACUCAGUGGAAAGCUGGUUUCUUGUGAUGAAGAGUUUUGUCUGGAAAUCAAUGGAGGUCGAGUCUCUGGUUGUAAUACCAAUGUGUCAUGUCUAUAUACUGAGGUUUAUGGAGAUGGGAGCUAUAGUAUUGGCUACUUUGUAAAGGAUAUCGUCCAAUAUGAGGGAGUGUCUGGUGAUCUCCAGACUAAAUCGGCUAAUGGAAGUGUUAUAUUUGGGUAA